AUGAUUCCUAUCCUACAGGCUGACCCUAAGCGAGAAGACCGUUACGAGGACAGCAUCAUAGCUUGGACCUGGCGAACGUUUCUAGAGAACGGUUCCAAUCCUGAAAUUAUUCUACGUCUGCCCAUGACAAAAGCUGUAGUCAGAGGGAUGGACACUGUUUCAACUUUUGCCAAAAGUUUGACUGGAUUUGAAAUUAACAAAUUUGUAAUUGGCGGCGAAUCAAAGCGUGGUUGGACGACCUGGACAACAGCAGCCGUUGAUGCGAGAGUUGUUGGAAUGGUGCCAACUGUCAUGGAUCUGCUCAACAUACAAGAAAACCUACACCAUCAUUAUCAGUCACUUGGAGGCUGGACGUUCGCCUUUGAAGAUUAUUAUAACCUCAACGUGACCCUGUAUUUGGACAGUCCGAAUAUGCCCUGGUUAAGGGCGGUCAUUGACCCUUUAACUUACCUCAUGAGGUACACCAUGCCAAAGCUGAUUGUGACAACUUCCGGUGACGAGUUCUUCCUACCCGACGACUCCUACUACUACUUCAACAAGAUCCCUGACCCGAAAUACUUGAGGGUAAUCCCCAACGCUGAGCACUCACUCAGUGGCCACUACCUCAGCUAUCUGAUGACCGUGCGGGGAUUCUUCCUGAACAUUCUGGAAAACGCCCAGUUCCCGAACGUGACCUGGGUUCGAACCAGCUCCUCCGUCAGCGGCAAGACGGUGGUGCAGACGUCUCGACCACCCAAAAACGUCACGGUGUAUCACGCUACGACUCUGAGCGACGGCCGCCGCGACUUUCGAUUGGUUGUGAGAGAUGCGAAGACUGGUGGGAAACUCCCCCAUCCGGUGUUGUGGUACAGCACGACGGCCAAACAAAACUCCCCGACCGAAUACGAGGCCGAGUUCAUGAGACCCGUCAACGGCUGGACUGCCUUUUUUAUUCAGCUACAGUUUGACGGUCUGUAUGACUCGACAUUGGACUUUACGACGGAAGUUAACGUUGUUCCCGACACUCUGCCGUUCCCGGAUUGUUCCGGGGUUUCCUGCUUUGGCAAGUUGGUGUAGUUCCCCCCUCCCCUCACCCCAACUCUGGUGCUUUCCCCCUUGUUCUGCUGUCAGAGUUAUCUGUGCAUGAAUCUGUUGUUGGUAUUAAAAUACAGUAUUUAACAAA